AGAAAAGGGGAGGUCGUCAGUGGAGGGGAUUACGCAUUGUGAGAACCACGCGCAUUCGUUUUUGCUAUUGUGGUGACUGAAUUGCUUUCCAGUACCAGGGUAUUUAGUUAAGCAGAUUGUGUUUCCUCACACCCCACGAUGAUCUCUCUUGAUGGCGGCUGGUGACAAGUGGCUUUGGGGACAGCAGAAUCACACAAACAGAUAUGAGCAUGCAUCCAAACCACACCAUAACAAGAUUGGAUACAGCACUGCCGGGAUCAUGAAUUACUGUGCUGUUGAAUGAAGAAUUGGUAGGACUAGACCAGUGUCACCUCCACCUACUGUCCACUAACCAUGGGAGGUGCAGAGGAAAUGCAUGGAUGGACAGUAAAAAUGAGCACGCCGAGUGUUUUGGCCGUGGUGACUGUCUUUUCUAUGAUUCCUGGCGGGGUGCUGAGCGAUAUGAGAGGUACUGAGGGUCUGGAAGCCCAACAAUUGGCCCAGGGGUCCACUCAUCUGCACCGUCGCCUGAAGAGAGGCUGGAUCUGGAAACAGCUGUUUGUCCCCGAGGAAGAUCCCACUCCUCGCGUUAUUGGCCAGCUCAGAUCUGAUUCUGACCGAGGCGAGUUUUCUAUCAAGUACAUAUUGUCAGGGGAAGGCGCAGGAGAUGUGUUUGAGAUAGAUGAGUAUUCUGGUGAAAUCCGGACACUGAAGAAGCUCGAUCGAGAGGAGAAGGCCUUUUACGUCCUCCAAGCCCAGGCUAUCAACAGGAGGUCCAACGAACCAGAGGAGCCCCAGUCAGAGUUUAUAAUCAAGGUGCAGGACAUCAAUGACAAUGUCCCCCAGUUCCAGAACGAACCAUAUGUGUCCAGCAUCCCUGAGAUGUGUCCACCCGGGACCACAGUGGCCCAGGUGACAGCCACAGAUGCUGAUGAUCCCAUGUUUGGAAACAAUGCCAAGCUCAUCUACUCCAUCCUGCAGGGGGAGCCGUACUUCUCUGUGGAGCCAAAGACAGGGAUUAUUGUAACAUCUUGGCCGAACAUGGACCGCGAGGCCAGGGAGCAGUACCUGGUGGUGGUGCAGGUGAAGGAUAUGCUGGGCUUGAGCGAUGGUUUCUCCUCCUCCACCACUGUCACGGUCAGCCUGACUGAUGUCAACGACAAUGGACCCACAUUCCAGCACCACCUAUAUGCCUUCGCCAUUCCUGAAAAUGCAGCCGUGGGCACCACAGUGGGCAGGAUUAUGGCAGAAGAUGGAGACAUCGGCAUCAAUGCCAGAAUGACCUACAGUCUGAAUGAUGACCUGGAGGAAAGUUCCACUUUCAUCAUCAAAACAGAUCCAGUGACGCAGGAGGGAGUGAUUCUGCUAGCCAAGCCUUUGGACUACGAAACAAAGAGACGUUUUGUCAUGGCCGCAGAGGCAGUGAAUGAUCAUGUGGACACACGUUUUCUGCCUUUGGAGGAGUUCAGGGACAGGACAACACUCAAGAUUGUUGUGGAAGACGUGGACGAGCCGCCCGUCUUCCUCUCACCAGUCUACACAUGGAAAGUUCCCGAGAAUGCAGCUGUGGGAACUGUGGUUGGCAGUGUCAGUGCCAGAGACACUGACACAGUCAACAAUCCCAUCAGAUAUUCAGUUGACAAAAGGAGCGAUACCACAAAAGCUUUCAAAAUAGACCCAAACAAUGGAACUAUAACUGUCGCUAGAGCUUUGGACCGAGAGACUACAAACUGGCACAAUGUGACUGUUGAAGCCAAGGAAACGACGCAGAACCAUUUAUCCUCCUCUGUGGUGGUGUUCAUCAAAGUGCUGGACAAAAACGACAAUGUGCCAAGGCUUGCAAGAGAUUACCAGCCAUAUAUCUGUGAGGGGACACAGGCGGGAGAAGUUAUUCAGCUGCUCAGUGCUGUUGAUCCAGAUGACCCUGUGGAGGGACACCUUUAUUUCUCUAUGGUCCCUGAGAAGCACAUCAAUCCAAACUUCACUAUCAGAGAUAAUCAAGACAAUACAGCUGGCAUCGUGGCACGCAGGAGUACCUUCACCCGCAAGGAUCGAACCCAGUACCUUCUGCCUGUGGUGGUGACAGACAGCGGCUCUCCAGCCCUCUCCAGCACCAGCACUUUGACCAUCAGCGUCUGCAGCUGCCAGCCCGCUGGCCAUUGUCCCACAGGAGGGGUGGAGGCCCUUGCAUUAUCUAUGGGGGUCAGCCUGCAAACAUUGUUAGGGCUUCUUGUCUGCCUGGUCACACUCACAGUGCUGUCAAUUCUAAUGCUGAUGGUGAGGAGACACAGGCGGAAACAGCAGGAGGGGCAGGAGGUGGAGGUGAAGGAGCUGGAGCUGCCGGAGACGGUGUCUCAGAAGGUGUUGUAUUACGGAGAACUGGGGGGCGGAGGUACAGACUUGGACUUCUGCCAGCCCGUUGUUCCACUGCGCCACCACCCCCACAGGAGGAGGGAGAGGAGGCUGCGGAGGGAGGACGUCAGGGCCAGCAUACGCAUGUCUCUCCGAGAGUCGCACCUCAUUGGGCCAGAGGACGAGGUCUUCAGGCAGUUCAUUCUGGACAGGCUGGCAGAGGCCGAUCAGGAUCCUUGCGUUCCCCCAUUUGACUGCCUCAGGACCUAUGCAUAUGAGGGGUCAGGGUCUCCCACGGGAUCCUUGAGCUCAUUGGAGUCUUCUACUUUAGAGAUUGUACCUGAGCAGCCUGUUUGUAAUCCCAGACCCUACUUAGUGAGACUUACCCCUUGGUAUGGUGGAGGACAGGAGGACACCAUCUUCUGAGAAGCUCCUCUUCUAAAUCUCUGCAGGAAUAGUUUGAGCUUAGUUCUGUCUUUACACGUCUGGCUUUAGAGGGGCCGGUAGGUUAGUUGUUUACCACUGUUUCCAGCUAAGCAAAGCAUCUGCUGGCUGUACCUUCAUAUUUACCACACAGACAGCAACAGUGCGAGUAAGUGUAUUAAAUAAAUCAAGUCAAAAAUCCUUUACAGAUAAAAUCAAACCCUACAAAAAACAGCUAUUGUUGGUAUGCUUAUUAUAACUGGACCCAUUUUUGAGUGCUGUAUUUAUUCAGUGUAUAACUAUUCCAACAUAGAUUACAUAACUUAGAGCUACAAUAGAGUUUAAGUUUGUCAGACUUUAUGCCUUAAAAUCAAAGGUUGAGGGUUUCUCCCUAGACUCACCAUUCUGCAACAAUCAAAUCCCAUCCAGUGUAUGUAUUUAUAUACCUUACAAGGCUGUCUAAAAUGCUAAAAAUGGCCAGUGUUUAUGUUCUCCUGACAAGUGACCUUGUUGUAGCAGUGUGAUGUCAUACUGCUGAAAAACCUGUUCACAAAGAAGUCAAGGUGCACACAGAAUAUGACCUAAACCCCCAGAGACUAUAGCUUACAUCAUUUCUCAUAAAAUAAUGACACAUUUUCUGCUUAUGAAGUUGUUAUGGCAACAGUUGCCUCAUGAGACAUCUAGCAAACAAGGACCAACAACAUUUGAAGUCACAAUGACUGAUGAAUGUGGUCCAAUAUUCACUCUACUUCUAGCUCUGUUUUGUUUUCCACCAACCACUAAGAAACAUUUUUUACUUAACUUGUAGCUGCACCACUAUACUCACCAGCUGGCAGCUUUAUUGUUUUGUCCUGGGCAGGUGGCAUUUAGUGUGUUUAGUAGAGGAGAAGCUGGAAAACCAAAACAAUGGCUUUUAAGUCGUUAAAGCACUCUUUAAGCUGAGGGGAAAUGUAAAUCUGGUUGGUCACUGUGAGCAACCUCUUAACGUUGCACAUUUUAUACAUUGUUACUGUAAAAUAAUAUUGAUGCAUGCAGUUUUAACCUAGUACUUUUCACUCCCUUAGCUAAACCAGACUUCAAGUUGAAGUUGUCAAAUGCACAAUAUAUCAAGAACAACUUCACAAAAAGAUAACAGAUUUAUUUUUGAACUUGGGUUGCUUUUUAAGGCACUGUCAAACGACCAAUUAUGUGCUGCAGGUACUUGUUGCAUGUACAGCAGCAGAAAUAGAACAUAUGUUAUCAUGUCCACAAGACAAAAUACUGUUUGCAAAACUUCACUUACUCUUCACUGGAUUAACUCCUGCUUUCUUGUAUUUGCAGUGAGCUACUGUGUUUAUGCUGUUUGCUUGUUUCACCCACACUGAGACUUAGUCACCAGUGAGUGAACAGGUGAGUCUAUGCACACUUGUAGAGGUCACAGUUAAAAUUGUUUUAGCAGAUGUCUGAAAAUGACUAAAUGAAGCAGAGAAACAAACCAAAAAAUGUAAAUAUGCCUUCAAAAAGUCAUGUGUGGAAUGCAUUGCCAUAACUGCCACUGACAUAAGAGAGUGCAAGGCUGUAGAGUACAAUAUGAGUUAUGUUUUACUGAUUGCAGUUAUUACAGUGUGACAAUACUAUACUCACUUUAUAAUACCUACAGUAUUACUGACCUGUGAAUUUUUAAUUUCUGAUAUUAUUAGUAAUAUUAUCAUGUUGCUGUUUUAUAUUUGGCAUUUCAUAACAGUUUGUACUGUAUGUGUAUUUGGUUUUUUGCAUUUUAAAAUUAUAUAAAUUAAUGUAUACUUCCCUUGGUAUAUGUAUGGCAACAUAUUUUUCUAAAUGGAUUUUUUUUUAUAUCCUUAUUAGAAAUGAAAGUUCAUAUACAGACAAGGAUCCAUUAAAUAUCAAAUCUUUGUCAAAUCUUUAA